CCCCAGUCUGCACGAGACGGACACGCGCUUGAUCUGACGCGAACGAACCUCUUCAUCUGCAUUUAUUCCUCUCACUGGUUUAAACUGGACACUGUGGAGAUGAUGGAGAUUAAACUGUGAUAUGGAGAAGACAGCACUGCAAGAAAUCUAACUUGGAACACAGAAGAACUAAACCAACCGGUCCUGUCACGCGCUGACCCGAACCCUGAGCCGAGUGUGUCCAAACAUGCCCGGGGAAGAAUCCGGAUCGGUUCUGUCUUCACAAAGUCAAGCGGACGACGAGAAAGUUUCGCCCAUUGUUUGUGAGGAUCAACUUCCCAGCGGCGGUCGAUAUAUUUUAGAUGGACUCGGUUCGAGUCGAUAUUUCAUGAUGGGCGCGACACAGCAAACCCACGAGAAUCCGAACCCGUGUUCCUUCUUUCCCUACACAAGCCAAACCGGAUCCGUGUACUCGGGUUCAGAAGGGUCGAGGUACACGACAUCGCUUCAUUACGGUUCCGUUCUGCCCUCGAGCGGCUUCUGUCAGUCUCUGUGCGCGGGACGCGGUGAGUUCGGCACAGGGUAUCAGUUUGGACACAGUCCCGGUGACACCUUCCACUCGUAUCAGGGAAGCGGCUCCGGUAUCGGUCCCGUGUCUCUGUCAGGAGUUGGGCUGAGAUCGCAGGUGUAUCUCUGUAACCGGCCGUUAUGGCUGAAAUUUCACCGGCACCAAACCGAGAUGAUCAUCACCAAACAGGGCCGGCGAAUGUUCCCGUUUCUGAGUUUCAAUAUUACCGGCUUAAGCCUCACGACGCAUUAUAAUGUUUUUGUGGAGAUAGUUUUAGCUGAUCCGAACCACUGGAGAUUUCAAGGCGGUAAAUGGGUUACCUGUGGAAAAGCCGACAAUAAUAUGCAAGGAAAUAAAAUGUACAUGCACCCUGAAUCGCCGAACACAGGCGCUCAUUGGAUGAGGCAAGAAAUCUCUUUCGGCAAAUUAAAAUUAACAAACAACAAGGGAGCAAACGCCAAUAAUUCACAGAUGAUUGUUCUGCAGUCUUUACACAAAUACCAGCCGAGACUUCACAUCGUUGAAGUGCCAGACGACGUGAUUGGAAGCACCGGAAGAGAAUCGAAGAGUCAGAUCUUCACCUUCCCCGAGAAUCAGUUCAUUGCUGUGACAGCAUAUCAAAACACUGAUAUCACUCAACUCAAGAUCGAUCACAAUCCGUUCGCGAAGGGCUUCAGAGACAACUAUGAUUCGAUGUACACCCUCACGGAGCGCGAGAGACUCACACCGUCACCCACCGACCCGGCGCGCGCGCAGAACAUCGUGCCACCGGGCGCGCGCUUCGCCAUGCAGCCCUUCCUGCAGGAGACUCGAACCCAGAGCCGCUUUUACAGCAGCGAGCGGACCAUGACGCAAGCGAACGGCGUGCUGUCUCCUCCGGUGGAUGACGCGCAGAGGUGGCUGGUGACGUCAGUGCAACAGACCGGUCCCAGCAAACUGGACCUGGCGGCGUAUGAGGGCGAUUAUUCGAGCUCGCUGCUGCCGUACAGUCUGAAGUCUUUACCGCUGCAAUCUCACUCCCUCAGUUAUUACUCCGAGCCCGCGCUCGCGUCCGUGACCGCAGGCUGCUGGGGGUCGAGAGGGUCCUAUCCCAGAAAAAUGACGUCGGGUCUGCCCUGGUCACCCAGACCGACGGAUUUCACCGACGAACAAACGUCCGAUAAAGAGAAAAGCAGAGAUGAAUUGACAUUGACUCAAACUUCGGCGUGGACGGAGAGCGCGCCGGGACUCAAAGCUUUGGACUCGAUGGAACCGAGUAUUUAUUCUGUUGUGUGCAAACGGAGGAAAUUUUCACACAGUGAGUUCGGAAGCGACAACAUUAAAUGUGAAGAUUCCGAAAACUUGAACAAAGAGAGUUCGUCCCCAUCCAGAGCUCUGGGUUAUUACGCUUUUUAUGCCAGUACCUGAAAAGCCCACACCUGUACACAACUGUCUGGAAAUAUACUGCACAACAGCACUGAUUUAACAACGAUCAUCUUUUUAUUGAAACAUUUCUUUCAGAGCUUAAUGUUGUUCUUCCUUUUGUAACUUAUUGUAAAGCUCACACACACAAAAUAAAUACUUUCCGUGCACGAGUAAAAUGA